UAGCAGGAAAACAAGUCAAGUAUUUAAAACAAGCCAGUCAAGUAGAAAAUUGAUUCAUUAAUCGGAUAAAAUUAUGUGGGCAGGGCUGAAGGUUCUAUCAGUUAGUAAUAUUUGACGGAAUAUCAAAAACGAGGAAUAUGUACGUACAAUAGAACAUUAAAUUUUAAAUCGGUAUAUCUUAUCGAUAAAUCAGCUGCUGACUAGCAACUUAUUAAGUUUACGUCGGGAAAAUAUCAAGGAAUAGUUUUUACGAAAAUAAUAACAGGGAAAAUGGUGUGCGUGCCGUGCUUUAUCAUUCCGCUGCUGCUCUACAUCUGGCACAAGUUCGUGCAGCCCAUUCUGCUGCGCUACUGGAAUCCGUGGGAGAAGAAGGACGCCCAGGGGAAUGUGAUCAAGGCGGGGCCGGAGUUCCCGUUCGAGUGCAAGGGCGGCGUCUGUCCAUUUGUGCCCGGUGGCAAGAAGGCAAACGCUGACAACGAUACGGUGGAGACCACAUCAUCUGAAACAGUCACGACUACAGCCUCGGACGGCCAGGAGACUAAAACUACAAUCAUCACAACCAGUGGUAGCAGCAGCACCACCACCACAACCACGUCGUCGUCCUCAGGGCCAACCACCACUGAGCCCAUUCCGGAGGAAACAAAGAAGUCAAUUUAGUCAAAAUUGCAUGGUUUUUUUUUCUCGCUUGUACAAUAAGUCUUGACACAACGCACACAGUCACUUCACGGGUCCCCCGCUGUGUGGGUGUGCUGGGGGACACGUUAUCUAAAGAGCAGCAACCAAUUACGCUUAAAAACGAAAAUAUGUUAACUUAAAUGUAAUACACAUUGCAAUCACCCAAA